AUGACACUCUGGACUUUCAUAGGUAGACAGUGGACGAGAUUACCACCUGUACCCAAAGGUGAUUAUCUCAAGGACAAGGUAGUUUUGAUCACAGGUGCAAAUUCAGGUGUCGGUUUAGAAUCAGUCAAACAUUUCUCGCAUGCUUCACCUUCCAGACUUAUCUUAGCAGUCAGAUCAGUCGAGCCCACAGAAAAGAUCUUGGCCGAACUGCAAUCACUUCAUACUGAAUUGAAAGGGGAAAUCAUCUUCCUCGAUUUGAAUGAUCUGGCAAGUAUCAAGGCUUUUCCUGAAGAAUUGAAGAAAAGAGGAAUAGAUAAGAUCGAUGUACUGAUUAACAAUGCAGGGAUCAAUCCUGGUAAUGGUGACAAACCUGCUGAAAUAACUAAAGAUGGAUACGAGAAGACAUUCCAAACAAACGUUUUAUCACCUUUCUUAUUCUCAUUAAUCUUACUUCCAUUCCUUGAGCAAUCAUCGAAACCGAAAAUCAUCUUUGUUGGCUCAGGAUUACAUACUUCUGCCGAUACGACACCUAUUCAAGAAUCAAUUAAUCAAGGCAAAUCAAUUGUGAAGGUGUUUAACGAUAAAGAAUCGUUUGAUAAUAUCAAAAUUUAUGGUAGAUCAAAACUACUCCUUCAAAUGAUAACUCGUCAACUGAUAACAUCACUUCCUUCAAUUACCAUCGUAACUGUUUCACCAGGAUUGGCAAUUACGAAAUUAGGCAGGGACUUCAAUUUUUCAUUGGGAUUCAUCAUUUUCGGUGCACCAUUCAUGUUAUUGAAUGCUAGAAGUGCAGAAAAAGGAGCUAGGAAUAUCACUUCAGCUGUCGCCUCAGCAGAUCAAAGUUAUGAUUACUGGUCAGAAUGCGCACCUUCGUACUCUGAAAGUAGUUGGUUAUCAUCUGGAAAAGGCAUACAAGCGACAAAGGUUUUCUUCAAAGAGAUGGUUGAUGAAGUUGACAAAAUCAGUCCAGGUAUUACCAAAGGUUUGACGGAAUAA